UUGUGUUCUGACUCUCCUGAGCGUUUGAUAGAUUUUUCUUUGUUCUACCACAAAGUUACGGCCGUAUUACGCUAUAUAGCGGCCCAACCGCAGUGUUUCAGUUGAGUUUUAUUGCGGUACGGCUGGAGAAGCAGUUCAGCCGGACUGUGGGGUACCGGUGUACAGCAGCGGACUGAGAGCGGAGGGAGUUGCGGUUACUAACACUUGUGUGGAGCGGCGUGGCCGGGCUUCGUGUGUUGGUGGAACUCGUACGGCGUCCUGAACUUCAGGUCAUGCGAGGACUGCGUUGUCGCCCGCUGUGAGUGCUGGGACUGCUGCGUUUCACCGGAGAACUUCGUGAACCGUGAGUGCUGUUGUCAUGGUUACCGGAGACGCCACCUCAGUGAGUAUUGUUGAACAGUGAGUAACGAGUCAACUGACUCGGUUGACUCAGUCGAGUCAUUUUCGCUUUCCGGAGUGAAAUUAAAGUGCACCAACGUAAUGGGCCCCAACGAAAAGCGCUGGAACUGUUCAUUGGAGUUUCUUCGGUGUUUGUUUAUUGAGCCGAGUGUUUAAUACAAACUGUCUAAACGAAGGGUAGUUUUAUUCAUUUCUUUUAUUGACUUUCAUUAACCAGGGUGUAAAGGAUAUGUGUUAGGUUGGGUUUUUAUUGAGUUGGGCAUUUGUUUUAUUUGCGACUUGAUUUGGAAUUAUUUCUUUUCUUCAUUUAAUUUCAUUGUAUUACAUUUUUUUUAUUUACUGAGGGAUAAACUCAGAGAGCUAAAUAAAUAGCGCCUCAUUUAUUUUCUCUAGAUCACGUGUGUUGGCUGUUUCUUCUAAACCUUGCCCUUUACACCUUGUUAUUCAAUAAGGUAACUGUAAAAUUUGUGGAGGCACCAUUUAAAUAUUCAUACAUCGUUAACUUAUUUGGCUAAACCAUACCUGAAGUUUUCAGUGGCUGGUAUUUUGGAGAUGUACGUCCCCUAAAUUUAUAUUGGGCGCCUUUAGGGAGGUGUUACAUUUUUGGAGGCACCGCUGGGAUUUCUUUCCCAAAACCGUGUAUAUUAAUUGUUUUAUUAUUGUCUUUUUAUGUGACAUUGAGGCUUGGAACUUUCAGUAUGGAUCUAAUUCAAGCUGUUGAGUGGAGUAGACAUGAGGAGGUACACCCAGAUUAUGCCAUUGUACUGGGUAAGGUUCCCCGGGAGACUGCAGAUGAGGUUAUCUUGAGAGUGUUAGGAACAGUCAAGGUCUUUGGGCGUACUAGGAUAAGGGGUCGUCGUGGGGAUUCCACCGGCAAACAGGCAUUUAUACUAGUAGAGACCAGCAUGGUUCUAGAUCAAAACACCAUGCCGUCUGAGGUUGGCGUUGAAGGGGAGAUAGGGCCUUGGCCUGUACAUCUAGUCAGCAGUUUAGUUUCCAGCUCUGAGGAUGACGCAUUCCAAUUCAAGCUGUGUGCACUGCUAAAGCAGGAAGGUAAAUCUAUGGAUGAUGUAAUGUCCUUUGCUAAGAAAAAUCAACCCCCUAAAGCCGAUCUUAGUGCAGAGCUAGUGCAUGCCAUAGGCAAACUGAUUGACAAAUGUGGUCAGGUAUCCCCUGAUGGGCCUAGUUACAGAAAGUUGAGGCUGUUCUCAGGAAUUAGACCUGUCCCCCCAGGUGAGGAAGAGUACGAUGUCUGGGUAGAGCAAGCUACCCAAAUGGUCAGUGAAUGGCAGUGUAGUGAGGCAGCAAAGAAGCAGCGCAUAGUAGAAAGCUUAAGGGGGCCUGCUGUUGAUAUGAUUAGGUUUCUAAAAGGUAGCAACCCCUCUGCAACUGCUACAGACUACCUGGCUGCUCUUGAUACUGCAUAUGGUACUACAGAAAGUGGGACGGACCUAAUGGCAAAGUUUAGGCACACCUACCAAGAGAAGGGAGAAAAGAUCUCCUCUUUCCUGUACCGGCUGGAUAAACUCCUCCAUAGAGCCCUGUCUAAAGGAGGUAUUGACGCUGCAGAUCUGAAUAAAACGCGAAUGGAGCAGCUGGUGAAGGGUGCUCUAACAGACGACAUGGUGGCCCUCAGGCUUCGAAUUACCCAUACUUUGCGUGAGCCACCAUCCUUUUCCCAGUUAUUAAGAGAAGCUAGGGAGGAGGAGGAAUGGAUUCAGUCUAGAGAAACAGUGAGAGCCGAAGUUGCUACCACUGCUGUAUCACAACCCUCUAAGAUGUUUGAGCUGGACAGCUUAAAGAAAGAAGUAAAGGAGCUUUCAGGACAGGUUACUCGACUUUUGAGUGUGGCUACAGUGAGGUCAACAACCAAUGAGCUAACCGGAGGAACUGAGACAGUUCAACCAAGUGAGCGAAGGGAAGUUUCACCAGUAAACACAAAAGCCAAGCCCAGAACAGCGAGCAUUUUCUGCUAUUGGUGUGGGGAGGAUGGACAUACCAAAAGAGAAUGCAAAGGGGCUGAAGAUUUGAGAAAGGUUAACAGGAAACUGAUUGAUAGGAUGAAGGGAAACUUCACUGGGGCUCUGUGAA